CUAGAGCUGGGAUUGUCCCUUCCCCCAUGUCAAAGGUUAGAGGGGUUGGAGUUGCAGUUUUUCCUCCCCCCAGGUAGGUUAGGCCAUGGUAAAAUGCUUUCCCUUGAGGAAAACAGAACAGCACUCUGAAGUUUGUCCACACGGAGCCUCCUCCGGCAAUUCACCAACUUCAAUCCAAGCAAUCCUUAAGAUACGGUACUGGCAGCACAGGACUCAGCCCCAGGGAACUUUGGACAGAGACACACACACGGGACAACGCUAUCUGAAGAGACACAGGGAGAAGACAGCCAUUUGCAAGUCAAAGAGAGAAGCCUGGAACGUAGCCUUCCCUCGCCGCCACAGGAGGAAACGACCCUGCUGGGGACUCCUAACCUCCAGAAUUGCACUGAGUUCUGGGAACCACGUGUUUUCGCUUUGUAACUAUCAGGACGUGCUGCUCUGUUUUCAGCAGUCACUGGACUUCAGCAUGAUCACUUCUCCGUCGCUGGCUUAUGUGGCGAUUUUGGUUUUCUGUGUCUCAAAAACCAGCUCUCUGGACACUUUUAUUGCAGCUGUUUAUGAGCAUGCGGUGCUAUUGCCUAAUACCAGCCUCACACCAGUGUCUCGUGAGGAGGCGCUGGCGUUAAUGAAUCGGAAUCUGGAUCUUUUGGAAGGAGCGAUCGCGUCAGCAGCGGAGCAGGGCGCACAUAUUAUAGUGACCCCAGAAGAUGGUAUUUAUGGCUGGAACUUCAACAGGGAAUCUCUCUACCCGUACUUGGAGGAUAUCCCACACCCUCAAGUAAACUGGAUCCCCUGUAAUGAUCCUAACAGAUUUGGCCACACCCCCGUACAAGAAAGACUCAGCUGCCUGGCCAAGGAGAACUCUAUCUAUGUUGUGGCAAAUAUUGGGGACAAGAAGCCAUGUAAUGCCAGUGACCCUCAGUGUCCCCCUGAUGGCCGUUACCAGUACAACACUGAUGUUGUGUUUGAUUCUCAGGGAAGGCUGGUGGCACGCUACCAUAAGCAAAAUCUUUUCUUGGGUGAAGAUCAAUUCAAUGCACCCAAGGAGCCUGAGGUUGUGACUUUCAACACCACCUUUGGAAGGUUUGGCAUUUUUACGUGCUUUGAUAUACUCUUCCACCAUCCUGCUGUUACCCUGGUGAAAGAUUUCCACGUGGACACCAUACUUUUCCCAACAGCUUGGAUGAAUGUUUUGCCACAUUUGUCAGCUAUUGAAUUCCACUCAGCGUGGGCUAUGGGCAUGGGGGUCAAUUUCCUUGCAUCUAAUAUACAUUACCCCUCAAUGAGGAUGACAGGAAGUGGCAUUUAUGCACCCAAUUCUGCAAGAGUAUUUCAUUAUGAUAUGAAGACAAAGGAGGGAAAACUCCUCCUCUCACAACUGGAUUCCCACCCACACCACCCUGUAGUGGUGAAUUGGCCAUCUUAUGCCAGCAGUGUGGAAGCACUCUCGACUGGAAACCAGGAAUUUAAGGGCAUUAUCUUUUUUGAUGAAUACACCUUCGUGGAGCUCAAAGGAGUCGGGGGGAAUUACACAGUAUGUCAGAAAGAUCUCUGUUGUCAUCUAAGCUACAAGAUGUCAGAGAAGAGAUCAGAUGAAGUUUAUGCCCUAGGGGCAUUUGAUGGACUGCACACCGUGGAAGGACGCUAUUAUCUACAGAUUUGUACUCUGGUGAAGUGUAAAACGACCGACUUAAACACUUGUGGUGACUCAGUUGAAACCGCUUCUACCAGGUUUGAAAUGUUCUCCCUCAGUGGCACUUUUGGAACCCAGUAUGUCUUCCCUGAGGUGUUGUUGAGUGAGAUUCAGCUUGCACCUGGAGAAUUUCAGGUGUCAAGUGAUGGACGCUUGUAUAGCCUGAAGCCAACAUCUGGACCUAUCUUAACAGUGACUCUGUUUGGGAGGUUGUAUGAGAAGGACGGAGCAUCAAACGCUUCAUCAGACCUCAUAGCGCAAGCACUAAGAAUAAUGCUAGCAGUUAUAAUACCUAUUGUAUACUCAUUAAGUUGGUAGAAUAUUUAUAUUUUCUUUCUUUUAUUCGAGAUAAUUUAAAAAAUGAUGGAUGAAGAAAGAAAGAUUGAUCUGGCUUUUGCAAAUAGUGUUCUCUGAUAUAAGUGAAUUACUAUUUUCUUUUUAUUUAGAAAAAAACACACACACUAGAUAAUAAAAGCUUUAUAUAAUAUCUAUUAA